CUUGUUGGGUUGACUCGCACAACCAAGUGACAGAACCAUGUCGCAAACGCUUCUUGUCGCGCACCGAUACCGCUGAUAUACAUUCCUUCCUCGAGUCUGCCUCAGUCCUCAGCAGAGUCCUUUCGCAAGGGCAAUGAGCCCUGAUGAGGGCCGCCACUUCGACACCACCAACUGCAACGACAGCGGAAGCCAGUCCAGCCAAGGCAUCACGAGCGAGCAAACGAAGAGCGCCGGCGUACCUAUAGCCACGACGAGCAUGCCUGGGAUGGACGAGAAGAACGAUGCAAUGGGUGGUGACGUUGAAGGAAUGGCCGAGGACGAUGCGGACAUGCAGAGCAUGUACCACUAUCCUCCUGUCUCGAGCUCGCACAGGACCGAAAUGCCGUACUUAGAGGAGGAAUCCUUCACUGCCAACUCGGAUCCAGCUGCGUCCACGCGCUCGCUUUGGGCUCAUGACCUCGACUAUCGUGAGAUUCACGGCCGCCUAUACUGUCGCGACUACUACAUGCCCAUCGACGAAAUUGAACAGAUGCGCUCAUCCCUGAACCAUCAGGUCUUCCUACACCUUCUUGGCCCAGAAUCGUCCACGGUCGUGCUAGAAUCGCCUUCCCACAUACUGGACGUCGGUACAGGGACAGGGGAGUGGGCCAUCCGCAUGGCCGAGCGGUAUCCUGAUUGUGAGAUCGUGGGCACAGACAUCGCUGCUGUAGCAGAGACGAGCCGCGUCCCAAUCAACGUGUUCUUCGAGAUUGAGGACGCCGAGGACUGGGAUCGCCCGCCGGACUGCUACGAUUUGAUUCACUUUCGCGCCAUGGAGGGCGCAUUCCGGAAUUGGAAGGCGCUUUACAAUCACGUCUUCUACUCUCUGAAACCAGGCGGCUGGAUAGAGAUUCAAGACUUCGAUACGGACUCGCUCCAAAAGUUCACGGAGCAAUUUGGGGCAGACUCGCCCGUACAUGCCUUGCUAGCCGACCUGGCAGUCGCGGCUGAAAAGGCUGGACGACCCAGAGGCAGCAAGCAUAUGAAUCCUCGAUUCUUUAUAGACGCGGGAUUCGUGGACGUGAGAGCGACGGAAUACGCCAUACCCAUCACCGUGGCAGAGAAAUCAGCCGGCAAGAUAUGGCUGGUCUCGUGCCUAGACUCAAUCGAGGCUUUGUGUCUGAGACUCCUGACGGAGCAUAUGGGUUGGGAUCCAGAAGAAUGCAAGGCAGCGUGUGAACAGGCAGCUCGUGAGAUGGUGGAACUGGCGAAGGAUCCUGAAAAGUCAAAGAGCCUGGUGGUCAAGCUGUCCGUUGUUGUAGGCAGGAAGCCGCUCGACGCACCCAAGAGCUGCCCACGGACAAUGACUAGGUCGAUCAGUCCCGAGGCGAACGACGACGACACAACGAUUAUGGAAGAUACGACAAUUUGUUAAUUGCGAUUGCCUAUUUUGGGUAACAUGAGUGGGCGUUUCGGGAUGCGCAUUACGACUGCCUUUCUUGAUACAUAUUCCCAAUUGACCCAAUUGGCUGUACAUAUAUUGGAUUCAUGCACUUGGUGGUGCUCUAUGUUUCUUUGAGCGCUGUGGACGCACGCUCAUCACAGGUUGCUUUCGUGGUUCGUGGACGUUUGGUGUUGGGAGGUAUUAUCAAGCAUACCACAUCUGUUAUUGAGCAUGUCCAUAAACACACUGCCUCGUAGCUUCGCUUUGACUAACGGCUCGGCGACUCGAACUUCUGAGGCUAUCGCCAACCUAUGAGCAUUAGAGCGUUCUUCGGCCAGAGCGUGAUUCGGCCAGAGCGUGAUUCGGCCACCUAUACCUUAUCGUGGUAUCUAAAAUACUCGAAUUAAUAAAGAUAUAA